AUGGCCUCAAGACCUCUCAAUGAUCAAGAAGUCGUAGAGGAGAUGAAAAAGAUGGUGGCAUUCAUUAAACAGGAGGCUAAUGAGAAGGCCAGAGAGCUGAGAGUGAAGGCGGACGAAGAAUUCGCCAUUGAGAAGGCCAAGAUCGUUCGCCAGGAGUCGUUGGCGAUUGAUUCAAACUUCGAGAAGAAGCACAAACAAGCCGAAACGAGUCUAAAGAUUGCUCAAUCUACCUCCACCAACAAAUCACGGCUCCGCGUUCUGCAAGCUCGCGAAGAAUUGCUUCAGGACCUCUUCACCGAGGCUCGAUCUAGGAUCGCGAGCCUCUCGGCAGAUGAGGGGAAAUAUUCACAAUUGUUGGAGGGCAUCGUUGUGGAGCAGGGUCUACUCCGCAUACUAGAGCCUGAAGUUAUCGUAUUUGGAAGAAAGAAGGAUUCUGGGAUUCUACAUUCUGUGGUAUCAAAUGCCGCGGAACAGUAUAAUGAGAUUAGUGGGAGAGAUGUAAAGAUUUCGGUCGAAGCUGUCUUAUCCGAUGACAUCGCUGGUGGUGUGAAGCUCGUGAGCGCGGACCAGCGCAUCACUCUAGACAACUCAUUAGACGAAAGACUUGGUCUAUUGGAAGAUAGAAUGCUUCCUGAGAUUCGGAAUGAUCUGUUCGGGCUGAAUGAAAAUCGUAAAUUCUACACAUGA